AAUGCACGGUUUUACCACCCUUUUGUAAGCUGUCAUGUGCUUGUUGUACACUUGUAUUCUCACUUUCCUUUCUUUCUGACAAUUUAGUCUACAGUAAAACAAGCUUUACAUAUCUACCACCUUUGAAUGCGGAGACACUUGAUGUGAUUUCCACUAGAGUAGAAUAGAAUAUUUGCCUUCAAACUGGAAUUAAUUUUGGAUAACUGUGAAGUCUCACCUCACCAGAUUCACUCUAGUCCUCUAGCCACUUUUGCUUGACGCUGCUAUCAUCACAUUCACAUGGCAAGGUUAAUUAAUUCUAGUAGUAGCUGUAGAAGCCCAUGCAGGUUUCUUUUACGGUUGAAUUCAAAUGUAUAUUCUUCAACUUGCCUCUUAUGAAAUGUUUUGCCUAAUGCUUAACCUUUUGACGAUUAUAAAGUGUUUCAUUUUUAUAUCUGAAACCCCAUUUGAUCUAUUAGGAAGUGACAUUAGACUUGAAGAUAUCAGAGGUUUUGUUUCGUUUGAGAACCCAACUCCCUGUUUGCUGUACGAGGAUAGAUGAACAACUUAUCAUCCCCAUCUAUUGUCAAAACGUAUCAUGUGCAAAGACUUAAAUAAUGCAAUUGUUUCAUAUGGGUCAAACAAAUGCCCAUGUGAACUUGAACAUAUGCUUUAUUCUGAAGGAAAUAUUGUAUCACUCAGAACAAGUGGAGGUGUGUCGUUUUCUCUUCAAAUGGCAACAAAUAUGAAAUAAAAGAAAUCCAUAAAACAACAAUUGGGCUUAUGGUUUUUGAUCCAUUCACGGCUCUUCUGUUGGGAGAGAGCAUGUGGGUGUGGAAGGGGACGAGUGAGAAAGAACGUGGGAAUAACUGAAUGAGGCUCAGAAAUCAUGAGUCUUUGCAGGGAUAAUUCAAUUUUAAGUACUUGAAAUGAAUCGGUUUUCAUUUCUUCACUACUUGUUGGGAUCACAUGUGAGGUUGUUGCAUAGGAGAUUGGUUUGGACACUUAUUUAAAGACCCAAUUCUUCUGCUUGUAAAUGUCAAUAAAUGUAAAUAAAUUCAUCCCCACUAGUACUCCUCAUUGAUACUAAUCCUCCUCUUUGUUCUCCAGCAUUUGUUGUGUUUUAACCUACCAAGAUAUGGCAAAAAUCAUUUUUGCAUUAGCAAUCAUGCUUGGAUUCUGUUAUCUUGCUACUACCGUGAAUGCCUACACUGCUUCUGGCUGGACUAAAGCUCAUGCCACAUUUUAUGGAGGCAGUGAUGCCUCAGGAACUAUGGGGGGAGCUUGUGGAUAUGGGAACCUGUAUUCAGCUGGCUAUGGAACAAGGACUGCUGCUUUAAGUACUGCCUUGUUCAAUGAUGGAGCUUCAUGUGGACAAUGCUACAAGAUCAUGUGUGACUAUCAAACAGAUCCCAAAUGGUGCAUAAAAGGAACAUCUGUGACCAUUACUGCAACAAAUUUUUGCCCUCCUAACUUUGCUCUCCCAAACAAUGCUGGAGGCUGGUGCAAUCCUCCUCUCCAGCACUUUGACAUGGCUCAGACUGCCUGGGAAAAGAUUGGUAUCUACAGUGGCGGAAUUGUGCCUGUUUUGUUCCAAAGGGUUCCGUGCCAGAAACAUGGUGGAGUAAGGUUCACUAUCAAUGGGAGAGACUAUUUUGAGCUUGUUUUGGUUAGCAAUGUGGGUGGGGCAGGAUCCAUCCAAUCUAUGUCCAUCAAGGGCUCUAAAACUGGGUGGAUGUCAAUGUCAAGGAACUGGGGGGCUAACUGGCAAUCCAAUGCCUAUCUCAAUGGCCAAUCAUUGUCUUUCCAGGUCACCACUACUGAUGGAGUGACUCGACUAUUUGCUGACGUUGUGCCAGCAAAUUGGGGGUUUGGCCAGACUUUCUCUAGCAAAGAUCAAUUCUAAGUUACUAAAAGGCUUAGAGUUCGGGAUUUUGGGUUUAGUUUCCGGCAGAGGUGUGCUUAUUAUUUUACAAAAGCUGCCCGCCACACAUGGGAUUCAUCGCAUGAGAUGGUUAAAAUCAGGCUACUUUUUUCCAGGAUGGUUGUUCAGAUGGAAGCGAAUCCUUGGAACUCAAGGCUGCAACAUUAUUUUUUGUGUUUUUGGUACAACAAAUUCGGAUGAUGUUUGAAAUUAUUUUAAGAUCAUAACGAUUGUCAAUAAGAAGUGCAAGAAAACAAUGCAGCUUCAGCAUAUGUAAAUUUUGUUUUUACAAAUUUAUAUGUUUGUAAUACAAGUUGUUACUUUAUAAUUCUACAAUUUCUCAUUCCGAUGUAAUAAAUCAACCGACAAACCUUUUGUCAUUUGCCCUACAAGGUUAAAUUCUAUUUUGUCGCAUAAAUGGAAGCUUUGUUGUUUGGAUGCAUACUAUAGCAGAAGAUGCCAUUACCUCACCGCCUUUGGCAGUUCUGCCGAAAGAUUUGUUUUUUAAAAGGAAAAAUGAAGAGACAGAGACAGCUUUUGGCAUUAUUAACCUGCCAUGAAUUUGACAAAUAAAUUAUUCUGAUC